ACGAUAGUCGACACAUCAAAUUCAAGGACCCAAUACCGAACAUGGCCAUGAAAAGUCAAGCGAUCAAAAGUGCAGAGGUGCCAAACGAAGGGAGCUGCAAAGUAAUAUGUUUGAUGGAGCCUAAUUGUGUGUCUAUCAAUAUUGGACCUGUUGUAGGAGGAAGCCAAAAAUGCGAGUUGAAUAACGCCACGGGGGAAAACUAUGCUCCAUUUCUUCUCGUGAACAAUCCGGGUUACACAUAUCUUGCAAUCGAGAAUCCAUGCAGAAGUAGCCCAUGCUUAAACAAUGGCAUCUGUCAAGCUGGAUUCACCUAUAAAGGUUUUCGUUGUGUCUGUCAGGAAAGAUUCACUGGAGAAACCUGCCAAGUCAGUGAAGUCAAAAGAAACUGCGCAGAAAUCUACAAAUCCGCGGGCAAACCAAAUGACGGUGUGUACACCAUUAAGCCUGAUAAUUUGCCUGCCUUUGAUGUAUUCUGUGACCAAACAAAAGCCGGUGGAGGGUGGACAGUGUUCCAGAAAAGAUUGAACGGCUCGGUUGAUUUCUACCGCUACUGGAACGACUACAAACAUGGCUUUGGUGACCUAAAAAGUGAAUUUUGGUUGGGACUGGACAAGAUUCACCGGCUGACCUCAGAU